AUGUCACUUUGUUCAUUUUUGGAGUGGCUCGCCGUCGUAUUUGUGACAGGUUCGUCUGGCCGUGCCAUGUUGUUUCACCGAGUUUGGAAUUUGGACUAUUCUACGGCUCAUCACCGCGACAUGACUACUGGCAAACACAUCGUCCGCGACGUCAUGUGCAGAAUUUGUCAUAGAAAAAUUGGUUGGAUGUACGAAUUUGCUAUGGAGGAUUCUCAACGUUAUAAAGAAUCUCGUGUGAUUCUCGAAAAAGCGUUAGUAGACGAAGUGGACGGUUUUCGUGAUCCGGCAGGAGCGCUCGAAACACACGACCAACCUCCUUCGUCUCCAAAGUUCGAAACAUUUGGUGGGCGUCGUGGGAUUCGUAUGCCGCGAAUUUUCUUAGAACACUGGGGUGGGCGUCGAACAUUUUCCUGUGAAAAGUGUGGUACCUACCUCUCGAAUAGGCAGGAGGUAGUCUCAACACGAUUUAGUGGGCGCACGGGAAAAGCUUUUUUAUUUCGACGAGUCGCUAACGUUCGACAAGGUAUUCCAGUACUUCGUAAACUUACCACUGGGAACCAUUUGGUUAGCUUCUUUUUCACUAGUUACUUUUCUUUGCAACGUUGUGUGUCAUUAUUAUAG